AUGGAUUUCGUCAUUCUUCUAGUCUUUCCCAUUUUACUUGUAAUUCUCCUCCUUCUUCCAAACAAGAACAAAAAACCCUCAAGAGCUCAUCAUUCUCCGCCAGGUCCUCCAAGGCUUCCAUUGAUUGGAAACUUGCACCAAAUUGACCCCUCAUGCCUUCAUAAAUACCUUUGGAAGCUUUCACAAAAAUAUGGUCCAUUAAUGUUCAUGAAACUCGGUUCCGUGCCAACCCUUGUGAUUUCUUCAGCAAGAUUGGCAGAAGAAGUCAUGAAAAACCAAGAUCUAAUAUUCUGUAGCAGGCCAAAAAUGCUGGGCCUGCAAAAGUUAGCGUACAAUGGCUUAGACAUUGCCUUAGCACCAUACAAUCAAGAAUGGAGAGAGAUGAGAAAAAUUUGUGUCAUUCAUCUCUUGAGUGCUAAGAGAAUCCAGAUGUUUCGUCCGAUUCGCGAAGAUGAAGUGUCCCGAGUGAUUGGACAGAUAUCUAAAAGAGCUGCAUCUUAUGAUCAGGUGAUUAAUUUGAGUGAGACGAUUGUGUCUCUAACUAGUACAAUGAUUUGUAGGAUUGCUUUUGGAAAGAGAUUUGAUAAGGAAGGUCAUGAAAGAAGGAGAUUCAGUAGUCUUCUGCAUGAAGCUCAGGCGAUGUUUGUGGCAUUCUUUUUCUCGGACUAUUUUCCUUCGGUUGGUUGGAUUGAUAAAUUUACUGGAACACUUUCUAGACUUGAGAGUACUUUUCAGAAGUUUGAUUCGUUCUAUCAAGAACUCAUAGACGAGCACCUCAAUCCAAAUAGACCAAAGUCCAUGGAUGGAGACAUUAUCGAUCUCAUGCUUCAACUACAACAAGAUGGAUCAACUUCAUUUGAGAUAACUAUGGAUCACAUCAAAGCUAUGCUCAUGAAUGUAUUCAUCGCUGGGACAGACACAAGUGCAGUUACAGUGAUUUGGGCAAUGACAGCAAUGAUAAAAAUACCAACUGUCAUGAAAAAGUUGCAAGCAGAAAUUAGAGAAAUCAUGGGAAAGAAACAAAUGUUAGAUGAAGAUGAUGUUCAAAAGCUUCCCUAUCUCAAGGCAGUUGUUAAGGAGACAUUCAGGUUGUACCCAGCCGUUCCACUUCUUGUGCCUAGAGAAACGAUGGGAAAAUGUACCAUUGAUGGUUAUGAAAUUCAACCCAAGACCUUAGUUUAUGUAAAUGCAUGGGGCAUUGCGAGAGAUCCUGAGUAUUGGGAAAAUCCAGAUGAAUUUUUGCCAGAGAGAUUCUUGAAUAGUACUAUUGAUCUGAAAGGGCAAGAUUUUCACUUGACCCCAUUUGGAGCAGGCAGAAGAGGGUGCCUGGGUUACUCCAUGGGACUAGCAACAGUGGAGCUUGUACUUGCCAAUAUUUUGCACUCAUUUGAUUGGGAAUUACCUCCUGGGGUGAAGAAAGAAGACAUUGACACAGAUGCUUUGCCUGGUAUCACAAUGAACAAGAAAACUGAUCUGAGGCUUGUGGCAAAGCUCCAUUUUUAG